AUGGCGUCUGCAGUAGCUCCAUAUUGUUUCUUCCUUUCUGUUGCCACUUUCAGUCGUCCCUUCAACUCUAACUCUGAAUCAAAUUCGCUGGGAACCAGUUCUCGCGGCUCCAGUGGUUGGGCUUUGCCGGAGCUUGACUCCCGCCAGCCUGGUCGGUCCAUGCCGAGUGGGCACAGCUCGACGUGGACAGCCAGGCUGGCGCGCAACUCGACCAGUUCCGAGAUUGCGGCAGACGCCCCGGCCACUGUGCCCGGCCCAGCAACGGGACUCGAGCCGAGGGUGGUUGGUGCCUCGCCGACCGCAAACACACAAAUGAUGGUGGGGCUGGAGGCGACGCACGAGGCCUCCUCAGGGCUGGCGUCGCCGGCGAUCGGCGUCACCAGGCCCAGUCAUGCGAGACCGCCGGAGACGACACGGACCAGUGAACCCAUGCAAUUGUGGGCCCGUGACGGAGGCAGACUGAUCACCGAGUGUGCCACCUCUUCGGCGAAACCGGCACCGCGGAUCUUGUGGUACCUUGACGGAAGACGACUGACAGGCCGGUCGAAUCAACUGGCGCCUGGAGAUUCCGGCUUUCCGGCCGCCAGAGACUUGCGGGUUCGAACUCACCUCGCCGGUCGAGCGGAAGAGCAGAUCUCGGCCGACGGCGAAAAAGGCAAGCUCAAGUCAAACGAAAGCAGAGGCGCGAAGGAGUUGCGUCGUGAAGUGAUCUGGGAUCCGGCAGGAAAGUACGUCAUUGAAUCGAGGGAGCAGGCCGUGGCUGGGCAAUUGGAGAGCGAACUUCAAGCCUUAGACGCCGAGGAGCAAGACAAGCUGAUGGACGCUGGCAGCAAGACUUGCUUCAAUAAACUAUAA